CCCGGGGACGGGAGCACCCGGAGCAGAGCAGACACGGGGCAGGGUGCACCCAGAGUGGAGCAGACACCGGGCGGGGAGCAUCCUGAGCCGGGGCGGGCAACGGGCGGAGUGCACCCGGAGUGGAGCAGACUCAGGGCAGGGUGCACCCGGAUGGGAGCAGACCCGGGGCGGGAGUGUUUCCAGAGCUUAGCAAACCAAGGGCCGGGCGGGGCACACCCAGAGCAGAGCCGACUCUGGGCGGGGAGCAUCCUGAGUCCAGCCGACAUGGGCGGGGCGCCCUCGAGCGCAGCAGCUCGGGGCGUGGUCGGGGCGUGGCCCGGCCGGCGGGAAGGCGGAAGGACUCUUUGGAUCGUAAGCUCCUGGUUCUCACCUACAAGAUCUCUCAAUCCCCUGAACCCCGGUACACCCCGGGACUGCAGCAUGGAGGCCGGGCUGCUGUGGUUCUGCAACUGGAGCACGCUGGCCGUGUGCGCCGCACUCAAGCUGCCGCAGAUCUACGCGCAGCUGGCGGCGCGCAGCGCGCGAGGCAUCAGCCUCCCUAGUUUACUUUUGGAGCUGGCGGGGUUCCUGGUCUUCUUCCGCUACCAGUGUUACUAUGGGAACCCACUGCUCACGUACCUGGAAUACCCCAUUCUCAUCGCACAAGACAUCCUCCUCCUGUUAUUCGUCUUUCACUUCAAUGGGAACGUGAAGCAGGCCUUGCCCUACGCCGCCGUAUUUGUGUCUUCUUGGUUCAUCCUCAGCCUGCAGAAAUGGAUCAUCGACCUGGCCAUGAACUUGUGCACCGUGAUCAGUGCAGCCAGUAAGUUCGCCCAGCUCCAGUAUCUGUGGAAGCUAAAGGACUCGGAAGCCGUGAGCGCACUGACCUGGGGCCUCUCUGCCUACACCUGUGCAACAAGGAUAAUAACAACUCUAAUGACCACCAAUGAUCUGACAAAUGAAUGUAUUCAGAGAAUACACCAACCCAAGACCAGAGGAUGGCCACUGCUUACCAGGAAAGCACCUUCCAGAAGAUGCCCAUCACACUGUUUUUCAGACAGAAAGGCACUCUGUCCUCUACCCUGCCCACCUGGAACCAGAUGUGUAAGUCUGCAAGCCCCGAGUGACUUGGAGGCAGACUCCAGAAGCUAAGGCACAAGGGUCUCUCUGUGAUGACGUCACCCCACCUUCUACCCGCACCCUUUAGGGAGACGGGUCAAGAAGCCGCAGCACUGCACAAGUACUUCACGGGAAAAGAUGCCGACAGCUUAGGUUCUUUUAUUUCUUUUUCUUAGACAAAAAGCAGGCAUAAAAAUACAAUUACAUUACUACAAAGAUGCAACAAAAUAAAAAUCAAUCAAGAGGGUAUGAUUUCUUUUGUUCAGGGGGACAGCUGAUCCAGGAUGACUCUCUAAAUCAUGCAGUUUAUAACUUAUUACGUUUCCAAACAAAAGUCACCACAAGGGAGGGAACAAGGCGAGGCCCCAGGGCACAACCCUCAACACUGUCACACAGUGCUGUCAAAGUGCUUUAAUGUGGCUGUGGCACCUCCACAGCCAGGGGAGCUGAAGCCACCUUCAGGCGGGACAGGAGAAUCAGUAGCAGUCAAAGGGCCUGAGAAGCUCGGAAGCUACUUGCUCUACUUGGGGUUUCAGCAUGCUGCUCAAAGCGCCUCUGUAAGGUUAAUUAGUGUCUGGGUUUCUCCACGUCACCCUGGGAACCCUAACAGACUGACAGCAGCAGCAUGGACAUGAGCACUGUAGAUCUACACAGGAGCUGAUGCAAAGCCUCCUCUAGGGUCCAUGGCCUCUCAAAGGCUGGCCAGAAACACCAGCCUUUCCUGGGGAUUACUAGCUCACUUAUCCUUUAGCUAGCUAGGGCAUGUGAAACUUUCAACUCAACUUUUUUUAAAUCUUGCUUUUCUAAAAGCAACACUUAAAAGUUAAUUUUACAUUAACUUUCAUCAGAAUACCGGAACUUAGUUUUUCUUUUACUUCUGUCUUUUUUAUUUCCACAAAGCAAAAGUAUCCAACUAAGGAAACCCGGCAUUCCUUUCUUUUAGGUCCCAAUUGGAGGUAUUUAUGGCUCUGGGACAAACUGAAUAAAGGAAGCAACAUUUGCUCUGAUAAUCAUUUCUCGGAAGGUUGGGGGU